GUGGAAGAUUCCGAGGAUGAUGCAGCUCCAGAGGCUUCGUUCAUUGCAGAAGAUGAAUUGAGUCCUGAAGGUUUGGCUCUUUGGGCGGAGGCCGAAGAAGAAGUCCAAGGGGCACUGGCGGCGCUCCACCAGGCGAAGCGAAUGCUUCGAGGAGCCAGAGAACGCCAGAGGCAGGUGAAACAGAGUCGCCAGUACUUUCGUCCCGGUUCCUUUCCGGGACGAACCUCAGGAAGCAGUGCUGAUAAGAUCACCUGUUUGAAGUGCGGUGGACAAGGACACCGCGCAACGACCUCGUCGCGGCCCAUUACCACCUCAAAAGCAGUUAUGAUGGGUAAGGGUGUCGUUGAUUGCGGAGCAACCAAGUCUCUCGGUUCAGUGCUAGCCCUAGAACGUGUUAUGGCUUUGAGCAAGAACGGGGUUAGUGAAGUUGAUAUGGAGAAUCGGCCAACCUUUGGCUUCGGCAACAGCACGGAAGAUCAACGUGUUUCCACGCUGAAUCUCCGAUUGAGUGCCGGAGGCCGACCAGGUUUGCUGCGCAUCCAUGCCCUCGACAAAGGUGCCGCACGGGUGCUUUUGAGCAUCGACACCUUGCGGUCCCUCAAAGCCAUAAUUGAUUUUUCAGACGAUAGCAUAGUUCUGAGAGGCAUCGACGCUACGAAGGUGCUGGUACUAGAGCGAUCAUCUACCGGUCACCUCUUGCUGCCACUCACGGGGGAUAUCUUGGAGGGAGCGGUGACGACUCACCGUCCAGUUCCAGGUCUUCAGGAUUAUGUGAAUGGCACGUGUAGUGUUCUCUCUGACCCGAACACGCCCUGUCCAGUGAAGGAGUCGGUGCUUGAGCCGCGCACAUCACAAAUCACAGUGAAAUCGCGAAUUCUCCAGUUCUUGGCCUUCGAGAUCAUGGACCUCACCUUGGAGGAGCUUCGCAAGGCAGUCAAGGAUCUGGGCGAGGAGCCGUCGCGGGGAGCAACGAAAGUCGAGUUGCGCUAUCGCUUGGAGGAGUUGACGGGCAAGGACACCAGCGUCAAUGUGAAGACAGCUGCCAAGGAAGCUUCUCCCAUGCAGGGCUUGGUCAAACGUCUCAAUGCGGCAUCCCGCAAGAAGGCCGAUCUGGUGAACUUUUGUCGCCAGGACCUGAGCAUGGACAUGCACGCUCUGGGCAACAAGACCAUCGCGCAGCUGCAGAUGCUUGCGAUGCAGCACAUCAGCUCCCACACGCAGCCCCACUACUCGGACCAGGUGGGCUUCGGCAAACACAACCGUCGCUCCUACCUGGAUGUCUACCACAACGAGAAGGAGUAUUGUCGGUGGGUUCAAACCACGGCGGUGGAAAAUCCGACCAGCAGCGAUCCCCGUCUUCGACGAUUCGCCCGCUGGCUCCAGCAGCAGGAGGACAGCGAGAUUCUUCCGGAGGUCGAGGCCAAGAAGGAUUUCACCACGCAGUUCCGCCCAAAGAAUCGCAGUGGACCCCCACGUCGAGCCACCGAGGAGGCAACCGGGUCUGCUUCGUCCAAUUCGAGCGAGACUGUGAACCAGCAGAUGAUGGCCACGAUGUUCGAGAUGAUCCAGAAUCUCAAGGACGAGAUUGUGGAGCUCAAGGGCGAACCCACUCGCAAGAAGGGAGCCAAGUCCGAGGAGAGUGGGACCGAGACGGACGGAUCCUAUGCGAUGGUGAAUGCCAGGUCUCCUGUGAAGGAGGCGCGCUCCCCAUGA